UUCACAGACCUUGAAAUCUGCAGCAAGUUUCUCCCGCCAUUGCCCAAUUGUGUGCGCUUUGCAGAGGGAUCUUCGACAUUUUUCGUUUCCAGAUCUGGUUUCUGUUCUUGCGGCGAGGGGGGAAGAAAAUGGCRACGGGAAAGUCACCGGAGCAGGAGCACCCCAAGAAGGCCUUCGGAUGGGCUGCCAGAGAUACCUCCGGCGUUCUAUCUCCCUUCCAUUUCUCCAGAAGAGAGACAGGUGAAAAGGAUGUGGCCUUUAAAGUUAUUUAUUGUGGAAUAUGCCAUUCCGACCUUCACAUGUUGAAGAAUGAGUGGGGCAAUACCGUCUACCCCUUAGUUCCUGGGCAUGAAAUCGUGGGAGAGGUGACGGAGGUUGGAAGCAAAGUAGAGAAAUUCAAGGUCGGGGACAAGGUGGGCGUAGGAUGUAUGGUGGGAUCCUGCCGCUCCUGCGACAGCUGUUCCAACCAGCUCGAGAAUUACUGCGCCAAAAUGAUUCUCACCUACGGUUCCAAGAACACCGAUGGGACCAUGACCCACGGCGGCUACUCCGACUGCAUGGUUGCCGACGAGCAUUUCAUCGUCCGCAUUCCGGAUGGCAUGCCUCUGCACGCGGGCGCUCCGCUGCUGUGCGCUGGCAUCACCGUUUACAGCCCCUUGAGAUACUAUGGCCUUGACAAGCCUGGAAUGCACAUUGGUGUGGUCGGCCUAGGCGGCCUCGGCCAUGUCGCCGUCAAAUUCGCCAAGGCCUUCGGCGUUAAGGUUACUGUUAUCAGUACCUCCCCUAGCAAGAAGCAGGAAGCUGUGGACCGUCUUGGGGCUGAUUCCUUCUUGGUCAGCCGUGAUCAAGACCAAAUGCAGGCUGCCAGGGGGACGUUGGAUGGUAUCAUAGACACAGUCUCUGCUCUACAUCCUCUCCUUCCUUUGCUCGCCCUCAUCAAACCACAUGGAAAGCUUGUUAUGGUUGGUGCACCGGAGAAGCCGCUCGAGCUCCCGGCCUUUGCUCUUAUCGGCGGUAGGAAAACAGUGGCCGGUAGUUGCAUUGGAGGGAUGAAGGAAACUCAGGAGAUGAUUGAUUUUGCGGCCAAGCACAAUAUAACUGCGGAUGUGGAGGUGAUCCCGAUCAGCGACGUCAACACUGCCAUGGAGCGGAUGCUAAGACAAGAUGUCAAAUAUCGAUUCGUCAUUGACAUUGCAAAGACAAUGAAACCUAGCAAUUAAGAGAGAUACCCCUCAGACGUUUGUCAACUUCCCGAUGCGAGUGUGUGUCCUUUUCCUCCAUCAAGUCAUGUUUUGGUAAUUGCAUUAUGUUGUUAAUGAGCCAACUGUUUGGUUCUCAUUUCUGAUACUUUUUGGAUAUAGAAACAACAGCCAAAAUUCAGCCUAGUUCUGAAGGCAUUAGUAAUCUCAGAUUCAUGGUUUGAACUUC